UAUCGCAUUUCUCGAAUCACGAACCACGCGUUCAGUGCACCAAGGACUGUUUGACGUUUGAGUAACCACAAAAACCCGACUAAUACUGCAAAAGAUUGAUAAAAAUAGGCAGAAAAUCAUCGUUCAAAGUACCAAUCUAAGCAGAAAUUAAUUUUCAAUGGACGACGAGGCUGAGACGUACAAAUUGUGGAGGAUAAGAAAGACCGUGAUGCAAUUAUGCCACGACAGAGGUUAUCUCGUAACGCAGGACGAGCUCGAUCAGACCCUGGAACAAUUCAAAGAACAAUUCGGGGACAAACCAAGUGAGAAAAGACCUGCAAGAAGCGAUCUUAUCGUACUUGUCGCCCACAACGACGAUCCGACCGAUCAGCUGUUCGUGUUCUUUCCAGACGAACCCAAGAUCGGCAUAAAAACAAUCAAGACAUACUGCCAGCGCAUGCAAGAAGAAAAAAUUCACAGAGCAACUAUCGUCGUUCAGCAGGGAAUGACACCUUCAGCUAAACAGUCGCUAGUCGACAUGGCACCAAAGUACAUACUAGAACAAUUUCUGGAGUCUGAAUUACUGAUAAACAUAACUGAGCACGAACUGGUUCCCGAGCAUGUUGUUAUGACACCUGAAGAAAAGCAAGAAUUGCUCUCAAGAUACAAGCUCAAGGAGAAUAUGCUCAUGCGCAUACAAGCCGGCGACCCAGUUGCCCGUUACUUUGGCCUAAAGCGUGGACAGGUCGUCAAAAUUAUCAGACCAUCUGAAACUGCCGGGCGAUAUAUAUCCUACAGGCUUGUCUGUUGACGGAAGAAAAUCCACAAUUUUAUUCUAUACUUCCCCUACACGAUAUUUUAAGUUUUAUCAUGUUCAAGUUAAUGUUAAGAAAAUAAAUAUUCUUAUCCGAAUAAAAUUUUCUAUGAAACGAAAA